AUGUUCCACACACAGCCCCACAGAUUCGUUGUAUUUAACAGAAUUCCAAAGUGCGGGAGUACAUCUCUUGUCAGGAUCUUUGAAACAUUAAGUCCUCGAAAUAAAUUUAGAGUCAUUAGAUUCAAUACGACAAACCCUCACCAGUUUCGAAGUUUAGUGCUCCAUCAAGCAUUCGUCGACGAAGUAACCCGCUCAGCCGUUUCCACGAAAUUAUUUGUCCAUGGACACUUCUAUUAUGUCAACUUCCGACAAUUUGGUGUUUCGUCAGAGUAUGUUUAUAUAAACUGCCUGCGAGAACCCCUUGAAAGACUGGUCUCCAAGUACUACUUUAUGCGGUUUGGCGAUGAUCAUCGUCCAAAAGUUAUCCGAAGCCGAAUGAAGAAUGACACAACCCGCUGGCAGACUUUUGAUGAUUGUGUUCGGCUUUCUGGCGACGAUUGCGAUCCAAGGCUCCUUUGGGUUCAAAUCCCAUUUUUUUGCGGUACUGCUGCGUACUGCGACGUCCCAGGCAACCGAGCUGCUCUUGACACAGCGAAACGUCGCCUGGUCGAAGACUACCUCCUAGUGGGCACGUUAGAUUACUUCAAGGAAUUCGUCCAAUUACUCCGACAUCUAUUGCCAGAUUACCUGACUGGUAUUACGUCAACCAUGGAUCUGGAAAUCGGUGGCCAUCCACUGUGGCACCUUCGCAAGACCCAAAACAAAAUUCCUCCCAGACCAGAGACUCUGGCUGUCUAUCAGAAAAGUCCCAUUUGGCAAAUGGAGCAGGAAUUCUUUGAAUUUGCUAGAGCAGAAUUCCUCGCCCGCUGCCGACAUUUAAAACAAUUUCUGCCCAAUGAAACAAUCUGGAAUACGAUUCUGAUUGAUGUAACUUAG